AUGUUGAGUCCUCCAUUAAUACUACACAACUUAACACAAAAACUAUUGUGGCCAAGCCAGAAGAUUACUACCUCCGUUUUCAAAUUAAAAACAUUGAUGAUAUUUCCAGAUUACAAUGAGGAAAAGAGUGUUUCUGUUGAAUGUGACAAUAUUAAUGUUGUUUAUCAUGAUGCGGUGACACCGACAACUACUUCAUUGAAACGAUCUAUUGAGAUUGUUACCACCACUGAAUCGUUUGAAUGGCCAGCGCAUUCAAGAAUUCGUAUACCAAUUAACUUGAAUAAGAAAUCAUUUUGUUCUAUUAUGCCAGGUAACGAUGUAGCUGCCCUGUUGAACAAAGCAAGCCUUAUAAUUUGGGACGAAGCCCCAAUGAUGAAUCGUCAUUGUUUUGAAGCAGUUGAUAGGACACUUAGAGAUAUUAUCCUUCCUAAGAACAAUAAUAUACCAUUUGGAGGCAAGACCAUUGUAUUUGGAGGUGACUUUCAACAAAUUAUUCCAGUAAUACAAAGAGGAAAUCGUUCAGAUAUUGUGCAGACAUCGUUGCAUUCAUUAAGAUUAUGGCGUGAAUGUACAAUUUUGCGUUUGACUGUAAACAUGAGGCUUCAGUUUGGUUGUCCAAAAAAUGAUUUCGAAGAGACAAAAUCAUUUGCUAAUUGGAUUCUUAAAAUUGGUGAAGGUACUAUCGGUGGUCCUAAUGAUGGUGAAGUUGAAGUUGAAUUUCCAGAAGAUGUGACCGUUCCUUCUACGGGUGACCAUAUUCAUUUAAUUGUAUCCUGCAUUUAUUCAUCUUUUAAGAACAAUCUUGAUGAUCCAUCGUAUUUUCAAGAUAAAGCUAUUUUGGUCUCUACUAAUGAAGAAGUUGAUGCUAUCAACGACUAUAUGUUAGAAUUGAUGAAAGAUGAAGGGAAAACAUAUCUGAGUUUAGAUUCCUUAUGUGAGACCAAGACAGAAGAUUCUUUUGAGGAAUCAGUAUACUCUCCGGAUGUGUUGAACGCUUUUAAGGCCUCCGGAAUUCCUAACCAUAAACUUUUACUAAAAAAAAGGUUUUCCGAUCAUGUUGCUUCGUAA